AUGGCCGGCACUUCAAGGCUCCUGCUUAUCCUGGCAACUACUCUCCUUGCGGCAGGGUUCCCACUUUCUGAUGUCGCCGAGCGAGCUGUCCCGUACGACUUCUCGUCAUCGGUCAACUCCAGCCUGCCAAAUGUGACGAUCUUCGCAACUGGUGGCACGAUCGCCAGUCAAGGGACUUCGAAUACCCAGACUGUCGGAUACUCCGUGGGCCUGGGGGUUCAAGAGCUUGUAGAUGCAGUACCCGAGCUUCUCAACAUAUCCAACAUCAACGGAUUCCAGGUAUCGAAUGUUGGAUCUGGUAGCAUCAAUUCAAGCAUUCUCCUCACCCUGGCUGAGACAAUCACGGCUGAAUUGAGCAAGCCAGAAAUAUCUGGAGUUGUGGUCACUCAUGGCACCGACUCAUUGGAGGAGACUGCCUUCUUCCUCGAUCUGGUCAUCGACUCACCGAAACCUGUCGUGGUCGUGGGAGCGAUGAGACCGGCGACUGCGUUGAGUGCUGACGGACCUUUGAAUCUCUAUCAAGCUGUAACAUUAGCAACUUCUGCCAAUGCCAAGGGUCGCGGCGCGAUGAUUUCGCUCAACGAUCGCAUUGGAUCAGCCUUCUAUACGACGAAGAAUAAUGCCAACUCCCUCGACACUUUCUUCUCCACAGAAGCUGGCCAACUUGGAUUCUUCAUCAACCAGGUUCCUCAUUUCCAUUAUGCUCCAUCGAGACCUAUCGGGCGAAAGCACUUCGACAUUUCGGGCCUCGAGACAUUGCCGCCGGUUGACGUCCUAUAUGCUCAUCAAGAGAUGGAGCCUGAUUUGGCGUCGUUGGCAGUGGCAGGAGGUGCCAAAGGACUGGUGUUCGCAGGUAUGGGCGCUGGCUCGCUCUCCGGAGCUGCUGGCGAAGCUGCCGAGGCUGUCUUCAAUGCCACGCAAGUACCCAUCGUCGCAAGUCACAGAAGCUCAGAUGGUUUCGUUCCGGCGGAUGAAGAUGACUACAUUAUCGGCAGUGGAUUCUACAAUCCGCAAAAGGCGCGCGUGUUGCUGCGGCUUGCUUUGGCAAAGGAUUAUACUUUGUCUGAAAUCAGAAACGUUUUCGCUCUCAGUUAUCCUAAGCCAUAG